AUGGAGACAGAGGUUGUAAGAGCAUUUAAUGCUGAGUUGGUAUCUUUGUACGAAUUACGGCCACCGAUAAGUAAGAAAAAGAUUGUGGAUAUCACAAAAGCAGCAAUGAAAGCUAUUAAAUAUUACAAACAUGUUGUCUUUGGUGUUGAAAAAUUCCUAAUGAAGUGCAAAGCAGAAUAUAAGGUACCUGGUCUGUAUUGUAUCGAUUCUAUAAUACGGCAAUCGCGUCAUCAGUUCAAAGAUAAAGAUGUUUUUGGUCCACGUUUUGCAAUCAAUAUGCAAGCAACUCUUUCAAAUCUGUUGAACUGUAAAGCUGACGAAAAGUUGAAAGUGGUUCGAGUUUUGAAUUUAUGGAAAAGUCAUGAAAUAUUUGAUACAGCAAAGUUACGACCAUGGUUGGACUAUUGCCGGGAUGUUCAUGGACUUGAAACAGACGUUGUGGUCGUAGAAAAAAGUGUAAAGGGCGAUCAAGCGGAUUUCUCGAUAUAUAGUCGCAUCCCUGGUCGUGGUGAGAAGCGAAAAAUAAUGGAAUCGCAUACUCCAUUAUCUGGAAGUCGAUCUCGCACACCACCUUUGCCUUUGCGUGAACCAAGUGAUGAUGCUGUAGAAGGGGGCGUAAGCGAGCGUGAAACUCUUGCGAUGCUAACUACAAUGGGUUUGGAUCUUGGCGGAAUGUUUACUUCCGAUUCAUCGUUGUUGCAAAAAGUCAAUAAAUUAGUAAAUAAUAAACUUAUUGAACGUCGGGAAUUGGAUUCGAAACGACAGGGAAACAUUAAGAAUCUUCUUUCCAAAGAAUUCGAUUAUAGUGAUGAAGAUGACAGCGGUGAUGAUGAUUUUAGCCGCAAGUUGGACAUAGAAGGAAAGCCUACGGAGUUGACGAAACAGCAAAUUAUAGGUAUGGCGGAAGCAGUUCUUCGAGAGCCAGAUACAAAGGAAGAAAUACAACGUAUGCACACGGAGCGAAUUUCAGCUUUGUCUCAGGCAGCUGCAGCAAGGGUUCAAGCUGUUAAGCAACAACAACAACAACAACAACAGCAGCAACAACAACAACAACAACAACAACAACAACAACAAGGAAGUGUGCCUUCAGCUCGUACAUUGGCAACUCAACCAGGUGCACCUCCAAUUACAAUUCCGCUAAAUCCAAUUACUACUCCACAGACGAAUAUGGCGGCUGCUGUUCCGCCACUUUCGAUUCCGAUGCCAAGUCAACCAUUACAACCUCAAGCAGCAACAAAUAUGUUAUCGCCUAGAUCAGCACAACAGUUUUUGCUUAACGCGAGUGGGUUAGUUGGAUUUGCGCCGAAUUUGCCGCCACCAAAUCUUUUGGGUGUGAUGCCUCCGCAGAUCCCUACUUCGAUGUCUAGCGUAUUGCCACUUGCAAGUACGAUGGACGCUGGCAGUCGAGAUCGUAAUGAUAUUGAUCAGGAUGAUCGCUAUCGCAGAGAAGAUGAUAGAUUUGAUAGUGAUCGAGAUGAUCGAUUAAGACGAGCUCAUGACAGAAAUGAUAGAAUUAGUGAAAAGAAUGAUAAAGGUCAGGAACGGCGACGAGGUCGUUCAAGGGAUCGUGAACACGAUGAUAGAGGGAACAGUCGUGGCUUUGGCGAUUCACAUGCGAAACGCCUGCGACGUAGUCGAUCUCGUGAUCAAGGCUUUGGAGAUCGUAGAAGAGAACAUCGUCGUAGUAAUAGUCGUGGACGAAGAGGUUUAUCACGGGGACAUCUUGAUAGGGAACGAUCGGAGCGUGAUCAUAACAAUCCAGCAUACAGAGAUUUGGAGCGACAGCGUCGAAAAAUGGGUCUUCCCUGGCCACCAAAAGAAGGACACCUGCUGAUAGCUUCAUGUACACUAUGGUUGGGUAGGAUUCCUUCCAACUGUGCAGAAAGUGAAAUCCGUCAGGCGGUAGCUGAAGCUGGAGAGCCAGCACGAAUUAGCAUUAUACAUUCCCGUGCAUGCGCAUACGUUACAAUGAAAGAUAGGAAAGCAGCAUUUCGUGUAAUGGACCGAAUGCAGAAAAAUUUUAAAAUCGGAGAGAAAAAUGUCAAAUUGAAUUGGGGCAUUGGACAAGGUUUAAAAGGUGAAAGAUACGCAGAAUACUGGGAUUCUGAUCGGGGAUAUUCGCUGAUUCCACAUUAUGCUUUACCUAGUGAUUUGGAAUCUCUAAUAGAAGGAGGUCAUCUUGAAGUAGAAUCGUUGCCUGCACAUCUUGCUGACUUAUAUGAUGAACAUGGAUUGAAAGGAAAGCAACGUGAACAGGAUUCAGCUUCUGUUCAGAGUACUUCGAAUAUUCAGUUACCGCAAGUAGCUCCAAAUAUGCCUUCAUAUCAGUUUCCUUUGGGUCAACCGCCUCGACUACCUGGAGCUGCUCCCUUCCUACCUCAUGGAAUGGUGCCAAUUCCUGGCAUUUUUCCUCCUGGUCUACCUCCUCAAAUUGGAGGUGUGCCGCUGGCUGCGCCAGCUCAGAAACCGCAGAACUGUGCACCAACUGAUGCCCAAGGAACCAAUGCUUCAUCUACUCCUUCACAGGCUGCUGCCAAUGCAAUGAAGGUGGAAAGGAUGCGCAUGCCAGGACCAAAUGCAUUCAUGUCUUCUGGAUAUAACAUGCCACCCCCCAGAUAUAAUGCUUCUUGUGGAUCUCUAAACUUGAGAACAAAUCGACCAGCAGUAUUUCCUGGAAGAUCACCGUUUUCUCCUUUCCGUGGUGGACCGCCUUUCGGAGGAGCUCCAAUUAGAGGGAUGUUGCGAACACCGCUACCACUGAUGCAUUCGCCAGGGAUAGGGAGAGGGCUACGAAAUCAUUAUCCACCGCGACAUUUUCCACCCAGUUUGUUAGCUAAUAACUCCGACGGUUACAAAACUACGCAAGAAAAUCGAUGGCGUAAUAAUGAACCGAUAGAUGGAUGUGUUGACAAUUCUAGGCACGAUGAAUGGGAUAGUAAUGCUAUGGUACCAUCCAGUAGUCAUGAGGAAUGUUCACAACCCGAAUCAACCAAAACUGAAAAACGGAUAAAAAAGAGGACUGAAGUGGAUGAUUCAAGCAAUGAACCUGUGACAUCGACUACUCAUGAUGAUGAAAACGCUGCAGGAAGCGGUGCUGUCGAAAAUUUAGCAUCCGAAGUGAAAGUGCCCGGUAGCACAAGUGUAAUGCCAAACAGUGAUGAUUUGAAGGCUGUAACAAUGAAUGAGGAUAGGAUGUUGGAGCAAGCAAUUGUUUAUGGUGAUGAUGAGGAAUAA